AGUGGACAUAAGUUAAGCAUCCUAUUCUUGUAACAUUAUUUGCGUGCCUGAGAGUUGAGACCACACAAACGUAAUCUUUGUCUGGACUGUGUUCACACGUGCCGAGCAAGAGUGACACAACAUAGUCACAGUUUGGUAAAGAACCGAUUUGAGCUUAGUGAGUGCUGCAACAAACAAUUCUUCUCUGAUUUGUAAUCACUUCUCUUCUCUUUCUAAAUCAUGGAUGCUGCUGCUGUUGGUGGAGCUUUUCUCUCUGCUUUCCUUCAAGUUCUUCUCGACAGGCUUGCUUCUCCUCAGCUUGUUAACUUCAUCUAUGGAAACAAGGUUGACGCCAAUUUGAUCCAAAGGUUGAAGAACACUCUUUAUGCUGUUGAAGCUGUUCUUAAUGAUGCUGAGCAGAAACAGAUCAAAGACUCUGCUGUUAACAACUGGCUUCAUGAUCUCAAAGAUGCUCUCUAUAUCGCUGAUGACAUUCUCGAUCACAUUUCCACCAAAUCUGCUACUACUCUGAAGAAUAAAGACGUGAGAACAACUGCUUUUAGAAGCUUUUCUCGCCUUUUCAACUUGAAAGAAAGGGAUAUGGUUCGUAAGUUGGCAGAUAUAGUUGCUAGGCUUGAAUCCAUUCUCGAACACAAAGAUAUUCUUGGUCUUCAACAUAUUGCAACUCACCACCACUCUUCUUGGAGAACUCCAUCAACCUCUCUAGAUGAUGGAUCUAACAUAUUUGGUAGAAAUCAAGACAUAGAGGACAUACUCAACUUAUUGUUACAUGAUGGUGAUGAUGGUGAUAGUGAUAAGAUUUCUGUGAUCCCCAUAGUUGGCAUGGGUGGUGUGGGCAAAACCACUUUAGCGCAAUCUGUGUACAAUCAUCAAAGUAUAAAGCAGAAAUUCGAUGUUCAAGCAUGGGUUUGUGUUUCUGAUGCUUUUGAUGUUUUGAAGGUUACAAAGGCCACUGCAGAGGAGGUUAAAAGUGCUUCUAACACAGAUAAUUUGAAUACUCUUCAGCAAGAUUUGAAGGAUAAGUUGAUCGGAAAAAAGUUCUUAAUUGUUCUGGAUGAUGUCUGGACCGAAGAUUAUGACAGAUGGAAUUCUCUUAUAAAGCCUCUUCGAUGCGGAGCUAAAGGAAGUAAAAUUCUUGUAACAACCCGUAAUGAAAAGGUUGCUUCUAUGGUCCAAACUUCCCAAGGUUACCACUCUCUUGAGCAAUUGCCUGAUGAGGAUUGUUGGUCUGUGUUUGCAAACCAUGCUUGCCUUUCUCAAGAAGAAUCUACUCAGAAUAUGGAUCUCGAAAAAAUUGGCAGAGAGAUUGUUAAAAAAUGUAAGGGAUUGCCUUUAGCAGCACAAUCACUUGGGGGUUUGUUGCGACGGAAACGUGACAUCAGGGAUUGGAAUAAUAUACUCAAUAGUAAUAUUUGGGAAAUUGAUGAAAAGGAGAGUAAGAUCAUUCCAGCUCUAACAAUUAGUUAUCAUUAUCUCUCUCCCUAUUUGAAACGCUGCUUUGUUUAUUGCUCGUUGUAUCCUAAGGAUUAUGAAUUUGAUGCUGACGAUUUGAUCUUGUUGUGGAUGGCAGAAGAUCUUUUACAGCCUCCAAAAAAUGGAAAGACUUUGGAAGAAGUUGGUUAUGAGUAUUUUAAUGACUUAGCUUCAAGAUCUUUUUUUCAAGGUUUUGGAAGUGGAAACAGCUCCCGGAGUUUUGUGAUGCAUGAUCUGGUGCAUGAUUUAGCAACAUUUUUUGGGACAGAAUUCUACUUUAGAACAGAAAAAAUUGGCAAAGAAACGAAGAUUGGUAACAAGACACGUCAUUUAUCAUUUAAUAUGUUAAGUGGUCCAGUGACGGAUAACUUUGAGAUUUUUGACCGAGCAAAACAUCUUAGGACCUUUUUGACAUUCAAUUUUAGCCGUACUCCAUUCCACAAUGAAAUGGCACCAUGCAUCAUUUUGUCAAAUUUGAAGUGCUUGAGAGUUUUGUCAUUUCAAAAAUUUCGUGAUCUUAAUGCAUUGCCUGACUCGAUAGGUGAACUGAUUCAUUUGCGUUAUUUGGAUCUCUCUUUCACAACUAUAAAGACACUACCGAAGGCAUUGUGUAAUCUGCAUAAUCUACAAACCUUGAAGUUGUACGAUUGUAAUGAACUAAUCAAACUUCCCAAUGGCAUGCAAAAGUUUGUGAAUUUGCGCUAUCUUGAUAUCCGCUUAACUCUAAAGUUAGAAGAUAUGCCUAGAGAAAUGAGCAAAUUAAACCAUUUGCAACAUUUGAGUUACUUUCUUGUGGGCAAGCAUAAAGAGAAAGGGAUCAAGGAGUUAGGAACACUAUCAAAUCUUCACGGAUCACUUUCCAUUAGUAAAUUAGAGAAUGUUACCGACAACUUUGAAGCAUCACAAGCGAAAAUAAUGGAAAAGAAGUACCUUGAAAAAUUAUCCUUUAAAUGGUCUGAUAAUGCAAAAGACCAAUUUACAAAUUCACAAAGUGAUAUGGAUAUACUUGACAAGUUACAACCUGCCAAGAACCUAAAAAAGGUGUCUAUAUGUGGAUAUAGAGGCACGAGAUUUCCAGAAUGGGUUGGAGAUCCUUCCUACCACAAUUUGACUGAGUUAUAUUUGUCUGAUUGUCAUAAUUGUUGUAUUCUUCCACCACUUGGACAAUUACGCUCUCUCAAGAAAUUGAGAAUCAGUAGAAUGAGUAUGUUGGAGACUAUUGCAUCUGAAUACGGUGAUUCCUUUUCAGGGAUUAUCUUUCCCUCCCUUGAACGUGGUGAUUCCUUUUCAGGGAUUAUCUUUCCCUCCCUUGAACGUGGUGAUUCCUUUUCAGGGAUUAUCUUUCCCUCCCUUGAACGUGGUGAUUCCUUUUCAGGGAUUAUCUUUCCCUCCCUUGAACGUGGUGAUUCCUUUUCAGGGAUUAUCUUUCCCUCCCUUGAACGUGGUGAUUCCUUUUCAGGGAUUAUCUUUCCCUCCCUUGAACGUCUUGAGUUUGAUAACAUGCCAUGUUGGGAAGUGUGGCAUCAUCCCCAUGACUCAAAUGCUUAUUUUCUUGUACUCAAGUAUCUUGAGAUUCGUGGUUGUCCCUUAUUGAGGGGAGAUUUGCCAUCUCAUCUUCCUGCUUUGGAAACAAUUCAGAUUGAACGAUGCGACCAACUUGCUUCGUCUCUCCCAAGUGCUCCUGCCAUCCAGAAAAUAAGGAUACGUGAAAACACUAAAGUAGUGUUGCGAGAGCUACCUCUUUCAUUGGAAGAGAUCGAAAUUCAUGGAAGAGAGGCAACAGAGUCCUUCUUUGAAGUCAUUGCCAUCACCCUACCGAUUUACCUGAAAAUUGUAAAGAUCCAGAAUUGUUCUUCUGCGUUAUCGUUUCCUGGAGAUUGUUUACCCGCAUCCUUAAACAGUUUGUUCAUCACAAAUUGUAAAAAUCUAGAUUUUCCAAAGCAAAAGCAGCAGCACGAGUCACUUCAAUGGUUGUAUAUAGAGAGUAGUUGUGAUUCUCUGACAACCCUCCCACUGGAGACCUUUCCCAACCUCAGUACUCUCAACAUCUGGCACUGUGAAAAUCUAGAAUGUGUUUCUGCUUCAAAGACUCUUCAAAAUCUCAACAUAUUUCUCAUUUCCGAUUGCCCCAAAUUAGUUUCAUUUGCAAGAGAUGGAUUGGCUGCGCCCAACUUGAGAGAAUUGUUUGUCUACAGGUGUGUUAAUUUAAAGUCAUUGCCUUUUCAAGCAAAUACUCUUCUCCCGAAUUUAGAAAGGGUGAGUAUACGAGAUUGCCCAGAAAUGGAGACGUUUUGUGAAGGUGGUAUGCCGCCUAGCUUGAGAAGACUUGUUAUAUAUGAAUGCGAGAAGUUAAUGAGGAGCCCAUCUCUAAGUUUGAUGGACAUGCUCAUGCUCACCGAUCUUAACAUUGGUAGUUGUGAUGGUGUGGAGUCCUUCCCCAAUAAGGAUUGUGCGUUGCUGCCUUCCUCCCUUACCUCUCUAACGCUAUUCAAUAUGUCAAGUUUGCACACGUUGGACUGCACGGAGCUUCUCCACCUCACGUCCCUCCAACAAUUAGAAAUUGGCUAUUGUUCAAAUCUGAAGAAUAUGGCGGGAGAAAGGCUGCCUGCUACUCUAACGAAACUUCAAAUCUAUAAGUGUCCACUGCUGGAAGAACGGUGCCGCAUGAAACAUCCGCAAAUUUGGCCCAAAAUUUCCCACAUCCAAAGCAUUGUGUUUCACUACACAUGGAUUUAGAAACUUCAACUUGGAUUUUCAAUGGUGUGCUUAAACAAAAAAGACCAUGUCAUAAAAUUUAUUGAAGAGAAUUUCAAAAUCAAUUAUUUGGAGAGAUCAAUCUUAGUUUGUGGAGAUUGUAACUGGAGAGAUAUCAUGUGUUGGUAAAAUUACUUUUGGCAAAUUACAUUGACUUAAUAUAAACUAGAUUGUGAUA